GUACGGGAUCAGGUCUGGGUACCAGAGUCCUCAGCCUGCUAGAGGAGGAGUUCCCUGACGUCUGCCGUAUUGUCACUGCGGUGUAUCCAUCAGCUGAGGAUGAUGUCAUCACUUCUCCUUAUAACACGGUCCUGGCAAUGCAGGAGCUGACUGAGCAUGCAGACUGUGUCCUACCUGUGGAAAACCAGUCUUUGCUGGACAUACUGAACAAGAUAGAUGCCAUGUCUUAUGGUACAAAGCUGGGGCCAGGGGUCAAAAGAAACAACUGUGUCACAUCUGGAGGAAGCAGGCUCAGCGGGGCACAGAAGCCUUUUGAUGCCAUGAACAACAUUGUGGCUAACCUGCUGCUCAACAUUACCAGCUCUACACGUUUUGAGGGUUCUCUUAACAUGGAUCUGAAUGAGAUUGCAAUGAACCUGGUUCCAUUUCCUCGUUUGCACUACCUGGUGCCCAGCCUCACCCCUCUGUACUCUUUGGCAGAUGUCAGCAUCCCCACUAAAAGGCUGGAUCAGAUGUUUAGCGACGCCUUCAGUAAAGACCACCAGCUAAUCCGAGCCAAUCUAAAACACAGUCUCUUCUUAGCAUCUGCGCUCAUGGUCCGGGGCGACGUGCACAUGUCUGAUCUUCGCAGAAACAUCGAGAGGUUGAGAUCCUCGCUCCCAUUUGUCUCAUGGAAUCAGGAAGGCUGGAAGACUGGACUGUGUUCUGUACCACCUGUAGGCCACUCCCACUCAAUGUUAGCUCUGAGCAACAACACCUGUGUGAAGGCCACGUUCAUGGAGUUGAGGGACAGUUUUACCAAGCUCUACAAGAAGAAGGCUCACUUACAUCACUACCUGCAUGUGGAUGGGAUGGAGCAGAGCAUCUUCUCAGAGGCCCUUUCCUCUCUCACUGGACUGAUCGAAGACUAUCACCAUCUGGAUGUCUCUAAGAGUAGACUGCAGCGUGAUACUCCCAGACUCAGGAUUGCCACAGGAAGUAGCUCGUAGCAUUAAACCUCUGACAGUUAAAGGCUUUGGUGCAAAUUA